GGCAGCGCAGGAGGCGGCGGGGGCGCAGGCUCGCGCGGCGCCAGCUGAUACCAUGGGCGGCGCGCACCAGCCCGCUACUCCAGGGCCCAGCUCACUCUUUAUAUUUGCCGACGAAAAUCCUAUUCGGAGGUACACAAAGUUCAUCAUCGAGUGGCCGCCCUUCGAGUACGCGGUGCUGCUUACCAUCAUCGCCAACUGCGUGGUGCUGGCGCUGGAGGAGCAUUUGCCUAACGGCGAUAAGACCAUCUUAGCACAGAAUCUGGAAAAGACCGAGGCGUACUUUUUAGGAAUAUUUUGUGUAGAAGCCUCGUUAAAAAUCUUAGCCUUAGGUUUUGUUUUACACAGGGGAUCGUAUCUUAGGAACGUUUGGAACAUCAUGGAUUUUUUCGUUGUAGUAACUGGUAUCAUCACGCAGCUGCCGAUCGCGCCAGCCGACGUCGACUUCAGGACCUUGCGUGCCAUUAGGGUGCUGAGGCCCCUUAAAUUAGUAUCGGGCGUUCCUAGUCUGCAAGUGGUACUGAAGUCCAUCAUAAAGGCGAUGGCGCCGUUGCUGCAGAUCGGCCUCUUGGUGCUUUUCGCGAUAGUCAUCUUCGCUAUUAUCGGCCUCGAGUUCUACUCAGGGGCGCUGCAUAAGACUUGUUAUAAUUUAGAAGAUAUUAGUGAAAUAGUAAAUGAAGGCGAUAGUGCGACGCCGUGUAACGCGGACAACGUGAGUUUAGCACCAUUUGGCGCGAACGUGUGUGAUUAUGAGAAGAGCACGUGCUUAGAGAAGUGGGAAGGGCCGAACAGGGGCAUUACGUCCUUCGACAACAUCGGCUUCGCUAUGCUCACCGUCUUCCAGUGCAUUACCAUGGAGGGCUGGACCGCAAUCCUCUAUUGGACAAAUGACGCUCUAGGUAGUGCGUUCAACUGGAUUUACUUUGUGCCUCUCAUAGUAUUGGGUUCAUUCUUUAUGCUCAACUUAGUUCUCGGUGUCCUUAGCGGUGAGUUCGCUAAAGAAAGAGAGAAAGUAGAAAAUAGACAAGAAUUUCUUAAAUUAAGAAGACAGCAGCAACUUGAGAGAGAACUCAAUGGUUACGUUGAGUGGAUUUGUAAAGCAGAGGAAGUAAUAUUAGCAGAAGAGAGAACAACAGAGGAAGAAAAAAUGCACAUAAUAGAAGCACGGAGAAGAGCAGCGGCCAAAAAGAAGUUAAAAAACCUUGGUAAAAGUAAAAGCACAGAUACAGAAGAGGAAGAACAAGAUGAAGACUGCGGUGAUGACGGUUUUCUAAAAAGCAAAGCUCGGUCAGCCGGGAGGUUUGCGGACUUCUGGCGGGCUGAGAAGAGGUUUCGGUUUUGGAUCAGGCACACAGUGAAGACCCAGUGGUUCUACUGGUUCGUCAUUGUCUUGGUGCUCUUCAACACGAUAUGCGUCGCUGUAGAGCAUUAUAGACAACCCAAGUGGCUGACUUCGUUUUUAUACUAUGCCGAAUUUGUGUUCCUGGGGUUGUUCAUGAUGGAAAUGUGGGUGAAGAUGUAUGCGCUUGGGCCGCGAAUCUACUUCGAGUCGUCCUUCAACCGGUUCGACUGCGUGGUCAUCUCCGGCUCCAUCUUCGAGGUCGUGUGGUCAGAAGUCAAGGGAGGCUCCUUCGGUCUAUCUGUCCUGAGAGCUCUAAGACUGCUGAGGAUAUUCAAGGUCACCAAGUACUGGUCAUCGCUUCGGAACCUGGUGAUCUCUCUCCUCAACUCAAUGAGAUCCAUCAUCUCGCUGCUGUUCCUGCUCUUCCUGUUCAUCCUCAUCUUCGCGCUGCUUGGCAUGCAGCUGUUUGGGGGACAGUUCAACUUCGAGGACGGCACGCCGCCGACCAACUUCAACACCUUUCCUAUCGCGUUGUUAACUGUCUUCCAGAUCCUAACAGGUGAAGAUUGGAACGAAGUGAUGUAUGAUGGCAUCCAAUCUCAGGGCGGUAUCCAGAGGGGCAUGAUCUACUCUCUGUACUUUGUCAUCCUCGUCUUGUUUGGCAACUACACGCUACUGAACGUGUUCCUUGCCAUCGCUGUCGACAACUUGGCUAACGCCCAGGAAUUGACAGCGGCAGAAGAGGAACAAGUCGAGGAGGACAAGGAGAAACAGCUCCAAGAAUUGGAGAAAGAGAUGGGUGCAUUACACGCGGUGGACGGCUCUCCACCGGGAGUAGAUCUAAGUCCCUCUUCGCCGACGAGUAGGAAGAACAAAAAGAAAGAAGAGGCCAAAAAAGAAGAUGAAGAUGAGGUACCAGAUGGACCAAAACCAAUGCUGCCAUAUUCGUCCAUGUUUAUUUUGUCACCUACUAAUCCAAUUAGGCGAGGCGCACACUGGGUUGUAAAUUUAAGAUAUUUUGAUUUUUUUAUCAUGGUAGUUAUAUGUAUGAGUUCUGCGGCUUUAGCGGCUGAAGACCCCGUAGUGGAAGAGAGUGAUAGGAACAAAAUCCUGAACUACUUCGAUUACGCGUUCACGGGAGUGUUCACGGUGGAGAUGCUGCUGAAGAUCGUGGACCUCGGCAUCCUGUUCCACCCCGGCGCCUACCUGCGCGACUUGUGGAACAUCAUGGAUGCCGCCGUCGUUAUAUGCGCUCUUGUCAGCUUCGGAUUUGAGAUCGGAGGCGUGAAAAAGGGCGCGGGGCAGAAUCUGUCCACAAUAAAAUCGUUAAGAGUGUUACGAGUGCUCAGACCUUUAAAAACUAUAAAACGAGUUCCAAAGUUAAAAGCAGUGUUUGACUGUGUUGUGAACUCUUUGAAAAACGUCAUCAACAUUCUCAUUGUGUACAUAUUGUUUCAAUUCAUAUUCGCUGUAAUUGCAGUUCAACUUUUUAAUGGUAAAUUUUUUCACUGCAACGAUAUCAGUAAGAAUACUUUUGAAGACUGCCAAGGGUCGUAUUUCGUGUACGAGUCAAACAGCUUGCUGCCGAAAGUCAACCAGCGCACGUGGACGACGCAAUCCUUCCAUUACGACAACGUCGCCGUGGCCAUGCUUACGCUGUUCGCUGUGCAGACCGGAGAGGGGUGGCCACAAGUAUUACAAAAUUCAAUGGCCGCCACCUACGAAGACAGGGGACCCAUACAAAAUUUUCGAAUAGAAAUGUCCAUAUUUUAUAUCGUUUACUUCGUGGUGUUUCCUUUCUUCUUUGUUAACAUAUUCGUAGCUCUGAUAAUUAUCACAUUUCAAGAGCAGGGCGAAGCUGAGCUCCAGGAUGGUGAAAUUGAUAAGAAUCAGAAAUCGUGUAUAGACUUCACGAUAGAAGCGCGACCUCUCGAGAGGUAUAUGCCAAGCAAAAGGGCGAGUUUUAAGUACAAAGUGUGGAGAAUAGUUGUCUCUACGCCCUUCGAGUACUUCAUCAUGACGCUCAUCGUCCUCAACACAUUGUUGCUCAUGAUGAAGUUUCACGAGGCUCCACCACUACUCAUGGACAUAUUAACAUUCAUGAACCUCGUCUUUACGACCUUCUUCCUUCUCGAGACCGUAUUGAAGCUGAUCGCCUUCGGGUGUACGAAUUUUUUCAAAGACCCUUGGAAUACAUUCGAUUUCAUUACGGUCAUUGGAAGUAUUAUUGACGCCCUCAUUAUGGAGUUUGGCGAGAACACAUUCAACGUCGGUUUCCUUCGCCUGUUCCGAGCCGCGCGACUGAUCAAGCUGCUCCGACAGGGCUACACUAUUCGGAUACUGCUCUGGACCUUCGUGCAGAGUUUCAAAGCCUUACCCUACGUGUGCCUUCUCAUCGCGAUGCUAUUCUUCAUCUACGCCAUCAUUGGGAUGCAGGUGUUUGGCAAUAUAGAAUUAACACCAGAGUCUGACAUGAACAGACACAACAAUUUUCGAAGCUUCAUUCAAGCACUCAUGCUACUGUUCAGAUGCGCAACGGGCGAGUCGUGGCCCAACAUAAUGUUGGCUUGCCGCAAACCCGCCAAGUGCGACAUAGCAGCUGGAAAGGCCUCCAACGAAGAAUGUGGAAGUACGCUCGCCUACGCCUACUUCGUAUCUUUUAUAUUCUUCUGUUCGUUUCUUAUGUUGAAUUUGUUCGUUGCCGUUAUUAUGGAUAACUUUGACUAUCUAACGAGGGACUCGUCCAUCCUCGGCGCACAUCAUCUUGAUGAAUUUGUUAGAAUAUGGGCAGAAUACGACCCAAACGCCACGGGCAAGAUCCAUUAUACAGAAAUGUAUGAUAUGUUGAAGAAUAUGGAUCCGCCUCUGGGGUUUGGUAACAAAUGUCCAAAUAGACUAGCAUAUAAGAAGCUUAUUAGAAUGAAUAUGCCGCUAGACGAUGAGGGGAAAGUUAAUUUUACAACAACACUAUUUGCCUUAAUACGAGAAAACUUAAACAUCAAAAUGAGAUCUCCCGAGGAAAUGGACCAAGCAGAUGAGGAAUUAAGGGAAACAAUAACCCACAUUUGGCCAUUACAAGCGAAGAAGAUGCUCGACUUGCUGGUGCCUCGAAACGAUGUACUCAACGCUGGAAAACUGACCGUCGGGAAGAUAUACGCUGGUCUUCUUAUCCUCGAGAGUUGGAGAUCUACAAGGUUCAAGCAGAACGGUGUGCCGGCAUUCAACGAGAAUAGCCCUACGGCCAUUCAGCCGGUAGUAUUAAAAUAUUUUACGGAACGAAACUUUGAAUACUUUUUUCUUGCACUAUUCUAGAUAUUUUUCUUUAUCAUAAAUUUCUUCUCGCAUUGUGUUUAAAUAAAUUUACAUAUUUUAAUACAGAACAUUAAAUAAUUCACGAUGGCCUAUAGACUAAAUGGAUGGUCAAGAAAUAAACAAAAAAAUAAAAACUGUAGUUUAGAGAUUGAAAUAAUUAAAGAAUUUAGAAUUAGUACUAGUGACGCACUUGAUAACACAUUAGUUUGGCAAACCUGUGCAAAUGUGGCACGUUUGUCUGUCAAGUGUCCGUCAGGGCUUUGUAAACCACAACAUGAACCUGUCCUAUAGUUGCAAAAUAUGUAGUAGUGUAACGAAUGUGUGUGUUACAAUGUUUGAUACCGUGUCUCGUAGAUAGAAUAUCCUCUGUUCGUAGUCUGUUUGUCUUACCAAUGUGUGUCAUAUCGUCCCCUUUGCCUCUCGCUACAUCCUAUAAACAAAUAUUAAAUAUAUUCACAUUGUAUUUUAGUCUACUGUGAUCCAUUUAUUUUAUACAGUUUUCGGUAGCCUGCAUGGUGAACUGUUUCAAACUAUUCGACAGAUAUUUAUUUCAUUCUUCGCUUUUGAUAUCGUAAGAUUUUCGAUUACAUUUUGGCUCAAUCGAUAUUUACCAUCUUAGCAGCCUGGUGAUAUAAGAAACGUUAAAAUAUUGCGCUUUCUUGCUACCUACGCUCUUAUUUGCCUCCUGUAAUUUUUAUACUAUAGCAUAAGAAUUUGUUCGUAUAAAAAUCAUUAUUCUCAAGUCUGCGCAUGCUGGAGAACAAAAUAUACUUAGUCAUUCGACUAUUGUAUCGUUUUUCUGAAAUAUAAAAUGCAAACGUGAACUCGCAACCUCUGCCUCUGGCUUCAACUUUGUCGCACAUGAUUUUAUAUAUAGCACCCGUAUAUCCAAACAAGAUGCUUUGUAAUUUCAGCUCUUUCACGGUUUACCGACAUGGACUGAACAAAAUUUACUCUAACAAAUACAACUAACGUGUGAUAGUUGUUUUCUCAGAUACCUGUAGCCGAAUACCUCACUUACACUACAAUAUAUACAUUCUCAAUUCGGUUGUAUGUCCAUUCGUUGGAUCUCUUACACAGACGAUACACACAUGACACUAUUAAAGAGAACUCCAGCAUGGACAUGAUGUAUGGGAUGUUUGCGCAAACUCAUGUAGGCUUUAGCCGUUAGUGACUAUUGAGUCCUAUGCGCUUGUCGCUGUGUGACAUGAGCAUGCGCAAGUGUGCGUAUGUGGGGGGGAUGCGUGACGUGGGGUGCGUGUGUAGAAGG